CUUCAGCGUGUGUCGGCGUGGAGAGAAAACGAAUCCACCAGCAGCUUCGAUGGUUGCGACUCAAUAAUCUAUCAGCUUCAGUCGAACGAAAGAUCCCGAUCCCGUCCCGCCUAGAAGAGGUGUUCCAAUCCAGCAUUGAAGUAACGGAUGUUGUGACCUGUAAAGUGUUCGUGUACUCUGCCAAGGAGUUGGUAGGAUGCGUUUUAAUGGUGGAGAAUCCUCAUUGUUCGCGAGGUGAACAUGAGGUAGAAUCUGACGCUGACGACGUUGUAGCUACCCUCCAGUAGUACGGGAAGUGUGUCGUUCGUGGAACAAAGAAACCGCGACGACUGGAGAAACGCUGUGUCCUUUGGAUGUUAGUGGAGGAUCGUGCAACGAGUGAUGAUUACGCAGAACCGAUUUGCGCCACCGAUGGGGGGUUGAUUCAGCCAAGAAUUACGUCCCUCACUGUGUAUGUGUGUGUGUUUGUCUGUGGACAACAGUUGUGUCAACAAAACCAACCGCAUUGCUGGACGCAUGUUGCACCUUCUCGCACGCGUGCAGGCCUGUUGUAAUAAAGCUAGAUAACCCUCGGUGGACAAAACCGGAAGGAAAGACAGAGAGAAAGGGGGUUAGAGUGUGCGAGAACGACGUGACGACGACUAAAGGGCAUAAAGUGUGAUUUUCUUACAGUACUCUCGGUACCAGUUAGUAACUUGUUCACUAAGAGAUUGUUGUAGAUCCGCCACUAUCUUGAUCUUCGCUCACACAGACACAAACAAGCAUGCCAAACCGGACAGCAAAAUGGUGUACCUCGCGGCACUCCGGUAGUUAUGAAUGAAAAUAACCCCACGUAAAAAGAAAUCGCCGAAGGCAAACCCGGUAGUGCACUUGUUUUAGUAAGGUGUUGCGCUGCAAGUGACUUACCUUCGUGUAAGCCGAAAACGGUGGCUGUAGAGACUCGGAGACGGGUGUCUGGUGUUAGUGUAGUGUGUAACCCUCGAAUCGAGGUCGUUGAAAGUGUUUAAAGUGAAACAAAUUGGAAAACAUUAAAUAUUGGAAAAGAGAGCAAGUGGAGCGGAUGUGAAAACGAGAAGAAAAGCAAACUAGUCAGUUGCUGGGCACUGACCGAAAUUUACUAAGAGACUCACAGUGUUCGUUCCUGGGCACCGGCCAUAUCACGGCGUUCACUCGACUCGACUGCAUCAUGACGAAACCGAGGCCAAAGGGGUGCAAACCGCCAAUGUAUCGCGUUUGCUGCUGGAUGCUGUUGGUGCUGGCGGUUUGCUCCAACAGUCGCGCGGAGGCUCUUACCGAAGUCAUCAAGGAUGACCACCUGGAGGGCCCGAACGUGUGCAAGGAGGUUGAGAAUAUUACUGUAACGAUAACGACACCGCGGGAGGAAGCUUACCAGGAGCGGUACCAGAAGUGGUGCCUCGGCAUACCGCCCCGCUGCUCCGCGUACCGAAUCAAGAGCCGAAUAGUGAACGAAACGCGCACCAUCAUCAAGCAGCGCAUCGUGAAGAAGUGCUGCGUCGGUUACACGCUCAGCGAGGAUCAGAAUCAUUGCGUGGCGGAGUGUAAGGCCGGCUGCCGGCAUGGCCAGUGCAUCGAGCCCGACGUCUGUCGGUGCGAUGAAGGAUACGCCGGAAAGAGCUGCAAUACAAAAUGUCCACCGAAUCGGUGGGGCUCGGAUUGCUCACAGAAGUGCAAGUGCACGAAUAACUCGGUCUGCAACGCAGCCGACGGAAGUUGCCACUGCCAGCGCGGCUUCAAGGGUCGCUACUGCGAGGAAACGUGUGCCAGCGAUCGUUUCGGACAGGACUGCGCCGAGGUAUGCCAGUGUGCGAACGGUGGCAAGUGUGAUCACGUCUCUGGGGAAUGCUACUGUGCGGCAGGAUUCACCGGACCGCUUUGCUUGGAAUCGUGUCCCCCGGGAACGCAUGGGGCUCAGUGUCAAUCGAAGUGCCGCUGCCAGAACGGUGGAACGUGCGAUCCGGUGACGGGUGAGUGUAUUUGUCCGGCCGGGUACACGGGCACGGUCUGUGCGAACCGCUGCCAGCCGGGUCUGUACGGGUUGCGGUGCGCGGAACGGUGCGAAUGCUUCAACGGGGCCGACUGCGACCGCGUGACGGGCCAGUGUAUCUGCGCGCCCGGGUUUAUGGGGGCCAAAUGUCUCGAUUCCUGCCCGAACGGCCAGUACGGCAUCAACUGCACCGAGACGUGCCGCUGUCAGAACGGGGCACCCUGUGAUUCGGCCGACGGGAAGUGCAGCUGUCCGGACGGGUGGACCGGUGCCGACUGUAGCCAGCGUGUUUGUCCGAUCGACCAGUACGGUCCCAACUGUACCGGCACAUGCGACUGCUUCUGGAACAAUACCAAAAUGUGCCAUCCGUGGACCGGAAAGUGCCUUUGCAAGCCAGGUUGGAGCAACAAUGCCUGUGAUAGACCCUGCCGGUUCCUACGCUACGGCCAAGACUGUCAGCUGUCGUGCAACUGCAAGAACUCAUCACCUUGUUCACACAUUGAUGGAACCUGCCUGUGUAUCGCUGGUUUCCGGGGUGAAAGCUGCGAAGAACCGUGCUCGAACAACACUUACGGCCAGAACUGCAGCGAGCAGUGUCAGUGCAUGAACGGGGCCACCUGCGAGGGUGACUCGGGCAAGUGCGUGUGCGCACCGGGCUGGCAGGGGAUCAAGUGUGAUCGGCCGUGCGACGCGCAGCACUUUGGGCGCGACUGCACCGAAAAGUGCCUGUGCCAGAACGGGGGCGUUUGUAAUCCGAUCAAUGGCCACUGUACCUGUCCGGCCGGUUGGACCGGCGAGCUGUGCGACAAAAAGUGCACUCCGGGUCGGUUCGGACAGAACUGUGAGCAGGUGUGCGAUUGCCAUCUGGAGAACAUUAUUGCGUGCAAUGCGACCAAUGGCCGGUGUAUCUGCAAGGCAGACUGGGGCGGUGUUCGCUGUGAAAGCCGCUGUCCGAUAGGCUUCUACGGAGAGACGUGCAGUGAAAUAUGUACCUGUCACAACAACUCUUCCUGCGAUCCGACGUCCGGCGAAUGCAUCUGCUCGUCUGGUUGGACGGGUCCGACAUGUACCGAACCGUGCCCGGCAGGCUUCUUCGGCCACGGUUGCAAGCAACGGUGUCCUGGUUCAACCGAUCCCAACCGAAGGUGCAAUCCUAUUUCGGGUCAGUACAGCUGCCCACCGGGUUACACCGGCCCGACCUGUGAGCAUCCGUGCUCGAGCGGAUUUUACGGACAGGACUGUCAGAAGCGCUGUAGCUGCCAAAACGGAGGUGAAUGCUCACACGUCACCGGCCAGUGCCAGUGUCCACCGGGUUGGACUGGACCCCAUUGUGAGACGGUUUGCGAGGAACACUACUACGGUAUUAACUGCAGCCAGAAGUGUAACUGCCGCAACAAUGCACGCUGCCGGAAGAAUGACGGCAACUGUAUCUGUGAGGCGGGUUGGAUGGGCCACCGCUGCGACGAGGUGUGUCCGGAUGGGUUCUACGGUAAUCACUGCAUGGAUCCGUGUAACUGCUCUGGCACCGGUAACUUUUUGUGCCACGCGGCGAAAGGUUGUGUCUGCCAGGCUGGCUUCAAGGGGAAGAACUGCGAUGUAAAAAUGCAAGAUGAACUGAUCCAGGAGCGUGUCGAUGAAGCCUCCAAUGGCAGUGGUACCGUCUGGGCGAUCGUUUUAACCAUCGUGUUCGGUAGCGUCGUGGCUGCGAUCCUGCUAUACUACCGGCGCCGCGUUGCCAACUUGAAGGCCGAGGUAAACCACGUCGUCAACUAUAUGACGCAGGAACAACCGAGUCACUUCGAUAACCCGGUGUACGCGCGCACUGGCAACGGCAGUGUCGGUGGUGGUGGUGCUGCCAAUGGGAUCGCCAAUGGUGGAACGAUACCGCCGCUGGACGCUCGCAUGGGUCUGCUGCGAAGCGUGAUGCCAAACAACUUAAGAAAACCAACGCACGACAAGUACAGCUAUCCGGACAACGAGUACGGUACGGAUAAAUCUUACUCCAUCUCCCAUUACGGUCCGGAGAGUCUGAAGAACUUUGAGGCGGACCUGACUAAUCCAAACUGCUUCAAGGAUCACGUGUACGAUGAGAUUCGCUUGAAGGAUUCGAUUGAUACCGAGUACGACCACCUGGAUUACUCACGGCCCGGAAGCUCACACAAGGCGCACUACUUCCGCAUGAGCGAUGACACACCGAAUGGCACGAUCACACGCCCCAGUGGGCUCGCACUGCCCAAUCACUACCAGUACCAAUCCGGAACAGCUGGCCCGUCGAAUGUCAUCUCACCUGGUGCCGGUGGAUCUCCCAAGGCCAUCAACGUACUGCGCGAAGCGAACGGAACGAUCAACAAUUUGUCCGCACCGCCCCGUGUCAACCUGAUGUCAAUGCCAACGAGCAACGGAACCGCUGGAACAGCGUCGCACACCGAUGCGAACCUCGGUGUGUAACUUUUGAAUGUAGGAUUUCCGGAUCGAGGAGGAAAGUUGAAGGAGGGAAAAGGAGUGUCGGUCCGUACGCACGUAGGCGAAGCGGUAAUAAUGUUAUUGUAAAGCGAGACAAUUUACGUUUUGUGGCAGGAUGUUUCAAAUGUGCCAAGUAACGGAAACCGCAAAACGCGAACAAUACAGAAAUAGAAGAACGUUUUUUAGAGAAUGUAUAAAUGUGUUGUUCCAACAUACGGUAUACGGAUGACGGUAUAUAUUUUCACCUGAAACCACAGAGAAACAUAUUUAUCUGCAUCAUAUUUACAAAAUUUGGCAAAAACCCAAAUCAGAAGUAUUUCAGGGAAAGGAAAAGUACGUGUAUAGUAAUUGUGUUGAAUCUCAAAGAUAAAAUAUAUGAAUAUAUUUUCGGUACCUCAAAAUUUAACUUUAAAAGAUAAGCAUGGAAUACAAAAUUAAUAUUCCCACUUUCAUGAAAUCUGCAGGUUCGAAUGAUCGAUCUCUCACUCUCUCCCUAUUCGAGUCUAGCUCUAUUUAAUGUUCAAUGAUGUUUGCAGAUAAUAGAUCUUUAAGUUUUUUUUUUUCGUUUCCAGAACAUUAUCGUCCAGUCCUUUACUUCUAGUUAAAUGUCUCUACCGAGCAAUAGUUACACUGGUAUGAUUUGGUGAACUUUCGCUUAAGCUAGAUAGUAGUAGUAAGCGCUGCAACCAGUAACGAGUCCAUCGAUAAAGCCGUUAAGCUCGUACCAUUUAUGCCGCGAAGGAUUUCACAUUAAGUAGAUCGAACUAUAAUUCUAGCCUGUAAGAUGCCACGAAGCUGGAAACUGCAGAAGAAAAGUUAUUUGCAUUUUAUAUAGAAGGGAGAGAGAGAGAGAGAGGGUAAAGGAGAGAGAAAUAGCUAAUAGAAAAGCGAUAUGCAAAGGACUGCAUCAUGAACACGGAAAGAGGGAGCAUCGCAAUUAAUCAAUGAACUUUAUAAUAAACAAUAAUGUCUCAAGCAAUACGUAACAUUCGGCAAUAAUCGUUAGCAGAAAAAUAUUUUCAUUACAGAAAAGAAGAUGCAAAAAUCUAAAAAGGAUAAAAAAGAAUGAGUUUCUUUAAAAACAAGCUGUGUUCGUGGUUACUCUAAUGUGAACUCAAUCAAUCUUUCAUGACCUCCAUCUGUUCAUGUUAAAUAUUUCGCUACAAUUUCAGCGAUAUGUUUGUAAGAUGUAUUUUCAAACAUUGUUUGAUGUUAAGGCAAAAACAUAACCAACAGCGGCCAUGAUUGCACCGGAUGAAUUGAGUGAGAAUAAAAUUGUGAACUGAUGA